AUGAAAAUCGGACCCAGAGAAUAUUUUACACAAUUAUUGUACAUCGGAGAUACUAAAGCUGGUACGCUUGUGGGGGUUGAUCAGUUUGGUAACAAAUAUUACGAGAAUAAAGAAGAAAUAUUCGGUCGUGAUCGCUGGGUUGAUUACGUGCAACAUUACGGAGAUGCUAGUCAAAUCCCUCCAGAAUGGCAUAGUUGGAUUCAUAAGAUUACUGAUACCCCACCAACUAUUGAUCCACCACCACGUCCUAAGUUUGCUCAACGAGAUAAUAAAGAAAAUAGAGGCGACCAAGGUUCAGGUGACAUUGAACAUCAGCAGGCAAACCUCGUUCCGAUUGGUCUUGCUGAUGCGAUUUGUUUAAUUAAUUGUAAUAAUAAAAAGCUGGAAUUUAAACCCAUUAAAAUACAAAUUGGUUUGGUUAAAAUCUGA